AUGUGGGUUUCCCCUAAAAACUGCUGUCUCGCCUCCCAGAAGCUCCAGCUCGACAAAAGGAGCUCGAAGAAACACGAAUCGGUCGUCGCCUUUCUGAUAGCUCAUGGAUUCUCCGAUGCCCAGAUUAUGAUACUCAUCACAAAGCAACCUAUGAUCCUCAAGUCUCGAGUAGAUAAAAACCUCCAGCCCAAAAUUCAGUAUCUCUUCAAUAAUGGCUUUGCGAGCUCGAUUCUCCCGGUGAUCGUUAUAUCUAAUCCAGCAAUUUUUAGGAGAAGCUUGAGUUCUCUAAUAAAACCAUCAUUUGAUUUUCUGAAGACGGUUAUUGAGACCAGUGAGAAAGUGGUAGUGGCUGUUAAGUGCUUGCCGUGGCUUCUGACAUCUGAUCUAAAGGCAAAGAUGCAACAAAAUGUUUACUUUUUGAUAAGCGAGGCAGUGCCCAUGGAGAAUAUCUCCAAACUGAUCCUGUUUCAACCAAGAGUGAUUUUGCAGAACGUUGAUAAAGUAACACGUACUGUAAAGAGAAAAAUUGAAAUGUUUAAGAGCUUGGGGUGCUCUGAAGAAGAAAUUAUGUCUGCCUCUAAGCGUUUCCUGUCUUUUUUGACUUCUUUAGAGGAAAAAAUUAAGAGUGCUGUGAAUUUUUAUGUGAACACUAUGAAGUUGGAGCCGUGGGCUAUUUUUGCCCUCCCUAAGUUUCUAAAUUAUGCAAUUGACAAAAGAAUGCAACCAAGGUAUAAUCUUAUGAAGUUUUUGGAGUCCAAGGGACUGCUUGAAUGGAACAAGAAGCUCGUUUGGGAGCUUAUGUACCCCGAGUAG